UGAUGACCGCAAUCAGGCUGGCCGCGACUCAAUGGAAGCAGCACACAUGUAGAGUCAUACCCAACCAAGUGCGGCGUGUUGGCGAACACUUGCGGCGUCAGUAAUGCAUGACUGACAACAUGAUAGCAUCAGGUAUCUCUCGCGUGCAGCCUGACACAUACCUCAACCUCGCGUGGGGUGCAGAUAUGACGUUUGCGCCGCAGACUGUUCGCUCCUCCCCUGCCGCCGCCGACGUGCCAUCAACACCAGUCGCGCAAUGGUGUUCCCAUGGGCAGAUUGGCGGCUUGGACAACAUUCUGCAGCUACGGAGGAUUCUUCGUGCCUUCCCCCAGCUUGAGGACCUCACUGUAACCAAAACCAGUGUCACUCAGCGACCCCUUCCAGACCAUACAAUAUCGACACCUUGUCCAAUGCGUCUUCGGCACCUUGACAUUGAUGUGCGCGGGAAAGCCAUGGCACUUUGCAUUGACUGGAUGUCGCAAUCUGGUUGUUUCGACUCUCUCGAACAUCUAACAAUCUGGUCUGAUGAUGGAUUCGCCCGGCGGAGUGUUCACACACUCCUCGAAGCGGCGGGACCAUCCUUGACCCGGUACCGCGGUCGGUAUUGGCCUCAUCAUAGUCAUGGCGAUCUGUCGCAGAACAUCGCUUUGCAAUCCGUGGAACUGAGGCUGACUGACGUCUACCCCCAGGCCGGUGGCAAGGCGCCUGACGCGUGGUCCAAGGCAGAGAAGGAGUUACGCGACGGCAUCCUCUCCACCAUCCGAAGUCCUCAGCUAGAUCACAUCGGCGUUACAGCUAAUAUUGGCUUCGACGACCGCACGUUCAAGCAGUUCAGCGCUGCCCUUGGGCAGGUCAAUCUGGGAAAGCUGCAUGCAGUCAUGUGCGAGCCGUACUAUGACGCGCUGAGGGAUGUAGAGGUGGAAGUGGGCCUCUAUCGUAUGGCUGCACGGAGUCGCAAGACGGAUGUUGACGACGUUGGUCUGCAGCUCGAAGCCCUGUUUCUCCACUUACUCCGGCCAUGGUCUGACCGUGGUAUCGUCAAUGUCUCACAGCGGCGCCCAGUGAAGCAUAAGCCAUCACAAGUAAGCCGCUCUCCCCUGCUGAACUUUGAGCUCCGGGAGCUCAUGGCCAGCCGGGACGCUGAGGAUGAGAUGUCGCUAGCGCAAAGCCUCUCUUGAGAACGAGCGCCUAGUCGACCGUUGGCGGGGUCCAGCAAUUUCUCUCCUCGCACUGGAGUGUGCCUAUGCUGUAAUCGCGGACGUCGACGUCCCGAGUAGUUUCGAGCUGAAGGGACAGUGCACACGGCCUUUGCUACCACUUCGAGAUGUUUCACCAUGUCGUUUUGCUGCAUUCGCUAGUCUCACAGAUAUGUUACGCUAGGACGAUGACUGAAUAUGAAUGUACGACACAUGCUGACACCAAGCUUGCCAACUGGUAUCAAUUAUGUCUGGUCAGCACAGUUCCGCUCUUUAAAUACUUUUAUAUGCAUGAUCGUCGCUAUGAA